AUGGCAUUGGGAAAAUCGAGAAACGAUGAUAUCAUAAAUAGCAGGGAUGGCGCUUUUGCAUUUGAUUCCCCUAACUACGGGAAUAUGCAGAUUUCUACUGGCAAUGACCUUCCUGGCUAUACCAUCAUUCAAAACUUAGGAUUAGUAUAUGGUACCACAGUUAGAAGCAGGCAUGUGGCUGCCAACAUUGGUGCAGGGCUUAAAAGUUUGGUAGGCGGGGAAUUAAAAUCAAUAACAAAAAAUGUGGUCCAAUCGAGAAAUCAGGCUUUGGAGAGAAUGAUCUCUGCUGCGUUAGCUUUGGGAGCGAACGGAAUAUAUGCAUUCCGCUUUGACUGUGGAUCAAUUGGUGAGGGACUUACGGAAAUUUGCUGUUAUGGUACGGCCGUUAUUGCGGAACGAUGUGGGAAUGGUCACAAACAUUAA